GUUAGUUUGGAAGAUAUUUUGAUCUCAAUAUCGCAAAAUGAUACUAAAUAGUAAGUACACUUGCCUGUAACUUUCCUGAAAUUACAGUGGGCAUAUUUCUUACAAUGUGAUAGUAGAUAGAUGAGAGAACGUCAGUUAAUAUCGUUACAAAUGUUAUUUUGUUAAAUGUUCAGAGGCACCUUGAUUUUCAAUGUGCAAGACGUCGCUAUUACGAUCACUUUGCGAUACUUAUUGAGAUUAAAACAUCUUCUAAACCAAUGAUUUUUCGGCAUAAAUAGGUCAACACUUUUUUGUAGGAAAUGCCAAGACGGAUCGAUCAUCGUAUUUAAAACUGUAUGACUCCGUUUAGAGAAACGUACGUCAAUUUCGUAUGACCUCUACCCGGCCAUCUACGGAAAAGCUAAUUACACCAAAUUACGUCCUCCUCGAAGCCAUUCGUUUCUUGUAUGAACCAUCUUUUUUUCACGGCGAAUAAUUUACCGGUAAUUUGCAUGUUCUGUUUAUAAACGGACAUCCUGUAUAUUUAUUUCUGAAACGGGUUUCACGCAUUAAAUGCUAUUUAAAUGCAAGAAAACUGACAGAGUUUCGUGUAGGAAAUUUUUUCCGAUUCUUAACUCUUUGGCGGUGAAAGGUGAAAGAAAACAGCGAGGCUACGGUGCUAUAAAUUUCACGUCAUCAAUGUCGUUAUACGUGAUACAAUUAUUAAUCCUCGGUUAACGAAACAACGUGAACCAUCUGCGCCCCAAAGGAGAUUUCGCUCGCGAAUUUUCACGGAACGAAUUUCUACUUUUUCUGAAAAAUUCCUUCGAAACGUUUGUUACAAGGAUCGAUCGUAUAACACAAUAGGAAUUUCAGCAAGUGUUGCAAAAUUUUGUGGACCUUUUGAAAGUUUACAGCAGGUAAAGAACCUGGCGUAGAGAAGCCAGCUUCUCUGCGAUUAUUCACUUCCCAGAAACAAUUGAAAGUAUGUACUUUUUGUAUCUGGUACUAGGAGUGCACAAAGCUUUGACGAUAAGGAAAUAAUUAUUUUCUAAAUUGUUUAUCGUCGAUUAGUCGUUUUGUUAUACACCAUCAAAUGGUUCACGGAGAACGUGAUUGUGAAAUACAGGUUUCUUAAGAAGUUUCUUUCUUGGAAGAAACGUUGUUCGAUAUUUUGAGAUUCGAAUUAUGGGAAAGGUGCUUCGUAAGGAAUAUUGGAAGAAAUAUAAAUCUAAUCAGAGUGUUUUUAUCGUUAAAUUGUGUAUUAUGCUAAAAAUAGUCCAUGAUUAAUUAAAAGAAAAUUUUUGUAAUUUAAUUACAAAAGGCUGUACACAUAGAAACAUGAAAUGUGCGUUCUAGUUACAUGAACAUUUGUUCAUGUUCGUGUUAUGAAAAAUCAGCAAAUGUUUACGCGAUGUAUAUGUAAAACCCAGACAAUUCUUAUUACUCGUAUUGCACACAAUAUUGAACAUACUAUUUAUAUACUUGAGCGAUUGCAACAACAGAGUUCAAGCACGUACAGUCACAUACUUACAAUUAGAUUAAAUCUUAACCGCAAGUCGUAAAGUCGCGAGUCGUAAAUGAUAUCGAACAAUCGUACUUGAAUCAAAUUUGAAUUAUAUCGCUUGAUCGUAAGAUAUUAAAUCGUAUUUUUAAUGGAUAAAAACUUAAUUAAAAUAGCCACCUAUUUGGUAUUUUUUUAUUUAAGAAAUACGUCGAUAUAUUUAUUAUCGUUAGCAUUAUUCACGAGAUAAGCGUUUUAGCGGGGAAAAAGAUAGGAUGUAAAGAAAGGAUAUACAUAUACGUCGUUAUAUUUAAAACAUCACGUGCCUUCCACCUUUCAAGUAAAGUUAUACAAUUAAGUAUUUUUAAUUCAACGAAGAAGAACAAAAACGCCACAAAAAGGCGAUAAAACUUCGUUCUUCUCGAGUAUUUCAAAAAGAAUGGGUAGGACAUUUUGUCCAACGACCAACCAAAGGCAGCAAAGAUAUCAGUUAAACGCAAACCUCUCUAAACCGUCUCUAAACUUUCCCCCUCCCUCCAAAAAAUACCUAAACUCUCAAAAUCGAAUAUUUCUCUGAAACAAAAUAAAACAAAUAAUUGAAAAAGCGCAACCAUCGCUACCGUCGGGGUGUUGAGCGUCUCGCGUUACGCCACUGAUCGCGAAUCAGAGGGCAAUGCAUGUCGAGUUAGCGUACGUGAGCGAGUUCGACCACCCUAACAUUCCUCCCUAACACAGUGUGGCUGUGAUUAAAGUAUAGGUGUGGUAGUGUCGGGCGUCGUUCGAAUUAAACGGAGCAAUACAUCGUUCAACCACCCCUUCACUGGCAAGCGGGUGGAAACGACGACGUGUUAGUGACUCUGUGGGUGUAUACGAGCACCGAUUGCUGGUGGUAGGCAGGUAACACGAAGGUAAAUCGGUGAAAUGGCAGUGGUGGUGAACGAUCGUGUCAGAGGGCAAUGGAUGAAGUUAGUCAGUCGGCGUUUGCUCGCGCCGCCACCACGAUGGAAGUUCAUCCAUCGCGCUUACGUUUCGAUCUUUCGUAUGAAUCGUAAACGGGUCGAUAUAUGGUAGAAAGCUAAUGUAAAGUUAUCGUAGAAUGUAGCCACAGCGGCGAUUGCCAGCAUCGGAAUGUCAGGAUCCGAAAAACCGAUCAGAGCGAUCAGACAAUUGUCCUUGCAACCACCUGCGCGUCGUCGUCAACAAAUUAGACGACAAAGAUCCGCGGAGGAUGACAAAUCGUUGCAAAUCUGCGCGAGUCCCUUCGCACGUGGCAAGCGUGGAACGAGCGGUAAACCCGGCUCUGAGAGACCUAAGGUUCGCGUUGCCUGGAAGGAAAACCGCCAAAAGAAUGACGAAAAACUUGAGCAAGUUGAAGUGGUGGCUCGUCAAAUUCCUGGACGAUCCAAAUCGACCACAAGAAGGUCAAAGGAUUUCGACGGAAUCGACAAACCAACGAUCCUUUAUUCGAGAUUAGAACUGGCCGAGAGGCUGAGGCUUGCUUGGAAACAUCGCGAGAAGAAUAAAGCCAACAUUAACAUUUUUCUUGCCCGUGAAACUGUGGAUGAAAGAUGCGAUUCUGAAAUGUCCAAUCAUACUACGACCACUGUCCCAUCAUCUCCUGUAGGAGAAAGCAACGAGGCUAAAAUCGAAAUACCUCUUAAUGACUAUAAAAUGUUGGACGAGAAAGAAGAAAAAGAAGAGGAGAAACUUAUUAUUAAUAAAUUAACGAGACUUUUAUCAGAGAACGACGAUACGAUUACUUCAAGGAAAAGCGACAGAGAAUCGUCGCUUCUAUCUCUACAAUCCUCCAGUGAAACGAAGCAGGUUCUAGAAGAAAGCAAGGUCUCUAUAAAUAUGAAGAAUAAGGAACGAGAAAAGGAACGAUUGAACGAGGAAACAUCGAGGGACUCGAACAUCGACGAUACCAAUACGAAGAAAAAGUCGUCGGCAAGUAUCGACUGUUCGCAUUAUCGCGUUGCAAGUACAACGUUGCCGUCGAUCAAAAUCGAAAACUCGACCUUGGCAGUUACGAAAGUGUCGAAGGAGGAUUUUUCAUCGGCGAGGCAAAAGCGCGCGAGCUUUCAUAGCGGUACCAACCGAGCCUUCCUCGACCCAAUUAGAUCGUCAACGGAGUUCAGAUGGAAUUCUAUGUCGGAUAAAAACGUACCACAAAAAUCGUCGAUCGAUGAUCGUACCGCUACAGAAAAAGAUACUUCAGCUCGGGCGAUCGUACAGAGCAAAGAGAACGUUACGAACAAAAGGGGCGCGUCGGAGGAAAACCCGAUCGAGUUGCGCUGUGAUUUGGCCAGCGAGAAGAGCGUAACGCAAAGGAUUACUGCAAAUAGUAAAUUGAUUCGCGUAACUGAGAAAAACGCUCGGGUUAAAGCGACGAUCGAAAGCAGAGACGCUUCGGUAGACGAUAAAACAAUGACGAUCCAGAGAACGAACGAGGCGGAUCGAUUUAAUUUGAUUAAAAAGACUCCAUCGACUAGCACCGUAACCGAGGACAAAGAUAGUUCUACGAUCGACAAAGCUACGUUCUCGAGAAAUUCGUCGGAAGUGAGAUGCAGCUCGGUGAACGAGAGGAAUCCACCUUCGAGGAAGACGAUGGAAAACCAGAAGAUCGAUCGAAAAUCGAGAAGGACCAGUUCUGCGCCUCCGCAACGACGUUUCGAAUCAACUUCGGCGAAUAAUCGCGUUCAGGUUAACAUAGUGAUUGAUUCAUCCGGGAAGAACAAGAAUCAGAGCAAGCAAGAUGUGGAGUGUAAAGAUAACGCGAUGGAAAAAAUAGAUAUGACUUUGACGAAGAUAUCGUCAAAUCGAGCGGUGAGAUCGGCGCCAUCGAAGAGGCGAUCGAGAAGCGCGAAAAGACGCUUUUGGGGAGGAAGUAACUCGAAACACGAAGAAGAUGGAAAAUCACGGAAUAAAUCGGCUGGUCGUGUAAGGAAUUCGAUCGAUUCCAGAACGAUGGACAUCGUUACAAUGGUAUCCCUUGUUAGCUCUGCAGACAGCGAUAGCGAUACCGAGAAUUCACCCAGAGACGAUAAGUUGAUCGACGAGCUACGCAGCAAACUACCUACUACAUCAAUUAUUAAAACUUCGAUUAAUUCGGCUUUAAGUAGUACAGGAAAACCUAUCAAAUCAGUUUCCUUUCAGAAUUCCUUCGACGAGGAUGCUUUACCGAAAGAGCAACAACUGUCGUCGAGGGAGGAGAAAAAGACGACACAACCGAGGCUGGCGAUCGUUAACCAACGUGGAAACGGAACGACUUCGUCGAGCGAGGAAACGAUGUCCUGGAGAACGGACGUUACCGGCGGUUUAGCUCUGCCUAUUCUGGCAUUGAUUCACGACGUCGAGGAGCCGCUCGACGUCCCGUUGACUGAUCGUGAAAAGAGAUGCCUGGCCGUGCCUAUUGGUGAUCUACACGAUAAAAAACGGAAAUUACUAAAAACUCGUAGCACGCCAUCACGAUCUGGAAUGGAGAGACAAACAACAUCCGUAAAAAUAAAAAUGCACGAGUCGCCGAGGUUAAUCCCACAAAAAAUGGAGAUUCCCGCGCGACAAAUUAAAACAUCCAUAAAUAAUUCCACCGCGAAUUUGCAGGUAAAAUCUGCACUCGCACCACCUCCAAAGGAAACUCUUCAACAUGUGCAAUCUAUGCCUAUAGAACCACACUUUCAAACCAAUAAAGAGAAAGAAUGUUGGCAUCUUUAUAAGAAAAUGUGUGACAAAGGCGUUUGCGUUUCUUUUGAUACGGUUUUAAGGGGCAUGCUUACACCAACGGAAUAUCGAUUAAGACAGAAAAAAGUUUCACAAAAUUUGUAAUAACAUCAUCGAUGGCAAGAUUCUUUUUUUAUAAACUGUUGUAGUACUUUUGUAUGAAAUCGCCUAACUAUUUAUUAUUUUUAUCUAAAACAUGGAUCUAAGAAAAGUAGCAUUGAUACACGUUAAAACAAAACGAUCAAAAUCGUAUAGAGAUCUGACCUCGUAGUUGAUAAUAUACUGUAUUUUUAGAGUUUAGAUACGAGUCGAACAAAGUGUAAUUAAAUUACAUCUCGUAAAUUUACGAGAGAUAUUCACCUAUCUAACAAAUAAAAUGUUUGAAUUAGUUCUGUUGAAUUUUAGAUGUAUAUGCAUAUCAACUGCCUAUUUCUUAGAGUAUUUAUUGAUAUAUAUAAAUACACAACAAUGUUUCAGGAAAUAAAUUAAGGUGAAAAAAAGAAAUUUAUGAAGCGAAAUAAAGAUUAUAAAUAUAGUAAAAAGUCACGUCACUGCUAUUGAUUAUUAUAGGAAUUAAAAUACAUAAGAACUCACAAACUCAAAACAAAGUUGAUUAUUUUGUAUAAUAUUUAUAACUUGUUUCUUUGUAUGAAAAUGUAUAGCUCAAUAAAAUGUAUAGAUAAAUUAUCUUAAUCAUUUAAAA